CUAGGAGCUCCUUAGUUUAAUUACCAAUAUUAUCAUGUCUAUCCGGCGAGACGACGACUGAUGAGAGACUUUAAGAGGCUGCAGCAAGACCCGCCUGCUGGAGUAAGUGCUGCUCCAACAGAGAACAACAUUAUGAUCUGGAAUGCAGUUAUCUUUGGGCCACAUGAUACUCCUUUUGAGGAUGGUACAUUUAAACUUACGUUGGAAUUCACAGAAGAGUAUCCUAAUAAACCUCCCACUGUUAAAUUUGUGAGCAAGAUGUUUCACCCGAAUGUUUAUGCGGAUGGUGGGAUCUGUUUGGAUAUUCUUCAAAACAGAUGGUCCCCAACGUACGAUGUAGCUGCCAUUCUUACGUCCAUACAGUCGUUGUUGGAUGAACCCAACCCUAAUUCUCCAGCAAACAGUUUGGCGGCACAGCUUUAUCAGGAGAAUCGUCGUGAAUAUGAAAAACGUGUAGCUGCUAUUGUAGAGCAAAGCUGGCUCAAUUUUCAAGAUGAAGAUGAAGGUGAAGACAUGAAGAAGGAUACCUAGGGAUUGGAGGUGUUGUGUAAUGAGGGCUGGCCUACUAGCCCUCAAUAUUGGGCUAGGGACUGUCACUGUCAAACACCCCUGCUCUACACCACACCUGCCCUCUCUUCACCAAUCCAUAUUACUUGCCUGCCCCAAUAUUUUAACUUUGCUAUUCAGGGGUUGUUUUUCUUCAAUAAUAUUUGAUAUUGGUGCACCAAAACAAAUAGAGGACUCUUAGGAUGUGAACAUAGCCCAAGCAUCUUGAAAGGUAAAUUUAUAUCCAGUUACUAGUUGUCAGUCAGAUAUACUGUAGUUAGCUUUACUCAAAUUGGCUUUUUUUCUACACAAAGGUAUAUGUGAUGUCAACUGUUGUCCACAUGAUGAAGCUGUCAGGUGUUGUGCUCUAGGGUAGGUAGCAGACAGAGGAGAGCCCGAAAGCUCCAUCUUACAUGGCCAAGUAGGAUGUUGGCUACCCUCAUUAAGGCUUGUCUUUACUACUUGACUAUUACAGUGCUGCAGCCAAUAUAGUUCAAUAUAUUUUGUUUUAUGCCUCUGCAAGUUGUGAGAGCCUUAUCUUGUAUGCUUCAUAAAAUGUUCAUUAUUUCUGGUAAGAUAUUUUUGAGGUGAUAGAUGUGUGUUGUGAAUUUUCUCACUUCCCUGACAGUACAUGUGUUGUGUAUCAUAAUCAAUUUAUAGGGCUGUAUGCAAGGCUUUUGCUUCUAUGCAAAUUCCAGCUGCAGAACUCAAGACUGCCUGUAAGUUUGGAUUCUAAAAUUAAUCUGGGUUUCAAUGGGGAUAUAUGCAUUAUACUUUACAAUUUUUGCCUACAAUGACACACUUAAUUUGGCCUUUUCUAGUGUGUUUGACAAGAUAUUGAACAGUAGUACAGCAAAACAUGGUUAAAUACAUUUUACUCCAGUGUUCUCUAAACUCAGAAUUGAAACUGGUUACUGACUCCUGAAGAAUACAUUCAAAAAGUAUGGAAAUCAUUUUUAAUUGCUAGAAUUUAUAUAUAUUGUGAUGACAACUUUGUUUGAAGCUUGUAUAUUUGCAUAAUUUGGUGCUUUUUUUCCUUGCAGUCAGUGGUAUUGCUUUUCAUAAUUUUGGAUUCUAAAGCCAGUAUUAUGUAGGGCACUAUUUAAGAGUAGUGGCAUAUGCCAUUUCUUUUCAUUACCAAUAUUUUUUGUUGUGAUCUGAAAGAUUAAAGAGUUCAUAAUAAUGGUUUGUGCAGUGUAGGCUUUGCCUUGACAUGUGUGCAUGUAAAUUCAUCCAGGUGGUUGACUAGUAUACUCCAACAUUUGCUAUCACAAGUGCUAUGGAAAAAUCUCUUGGUCAGUGGUUUAUUUGAGGAUGUGUAUAUUUCUCCAUAUACAUUGUUAAAAAUUUGUGAAAAAUUAAAAAAAAAAAGUGAUAAUAGAACAUACAGUGCAUGAAAGACUUUCAAGUGACUACUGAGGAUUUUUAUAUCCCAGGUUUUGUGAUUCAUAAAACAAGUUAAGAGGAAUUGUGUUGCUGAAUUUGGUGUUGUAUCAAUUUACAAAAACAGUAUGUUAAUAAAUCAUUUUGUGGCAGUUUAUUAGCAACAACAAACUGUGGCAUAAUUGCAUGCUUUAACAAGUUUAUUGUUGAACUAAUUUUUUUAAAUAGUUUUAUGUUCCACAAGGAAAUUCUUACUGUAAAAAUACAUGCCAUGUGUUAAGUUUGCAUUAAUUUGGGAUCAGUGUAUUUAAACUUCAAACAUUGGAUCUUCUGAUUUUUUAUAGGACAGUUGAAUUUUAUGGGAUCAACAACAGGUAACAUUAUUUUUUUUUUAUAGGAAAUUGGUGGCUGUAGUGUAUUAAGUGUCCUGCAAAAUACUAGUGGUACAAAAUGCUCAUUUAUAAAUGUAGUUUUUAUUCUUUACUCUUUCAAAAUAUACCACAUGCACACAAAAUAACUAUUGGUCUAGUUAAAAGUAUACUUGUGUAAAAAUUGUGUAGAAUGAGUGACUUGUUGAUGAAAUUCAUCCCUGGUUUGGUGUCUCCCUAUGAAAUGUAGAAAACAGAUCUUUCAGUUAUAGGACAUGAUAUCCUAUGUGAAAUAAAAAUUAAGCUUUGUGUAUAUACUGUAAUGUUAUCAAUAAAACUCAUCCAUA